GCCUCAACACGAUAGGUGGCGCUACUUACAAGGCGGUCAGACUUGAAAGGGUAAACAAUCGCUUUAUUUGAAAUAGAUAUAUGUGGCGAAUAUUUUUGAAAGAGCUGUGAAGAGCCUGCAUGGAAUUCACUGACGAAAACGGGUUGUCAGUGUCAAAAAUGAGGAAGGAGGGUUCUGAAACGCGCAGUCAUCAUCGAAGACAUCACAGAAGAUCUUCCUCAAUUCUUAAAGUCCCUCAGUCAAAGUUACCCUUAACAGAUCUAGAUGUCAAUCAACAGGAUGAUGUCAGAGUUCCUCCAUUCAAAAAGGCCAGAAAAUCAGAAAACAGAAGAGUCAGUUUUGCUGACACAUGUCAAAUCAAAGAAUUUCCUAAGGACUCUCCUGGAGCCUGGCAUCAGGAAAACUCUAGUGCUGAAAAUUCCCCAAGCUUAGAAGAAACAAUAGAACAAGAAAAACCAGAAAUCUCAGGGCUAGACAAACUACUGACUGGCAGUAUACAGCAUCCAGGUUUCUCCUAUGCAGAAGAGGAAGUGCCUUUGGGGGAGGAGGGGCAGUCCCUUGGGGUCCAGGUGGAUCCAGUCAAUCACACCCUAAUUGUGAACGAUGAAAUGGAACUGACUGGAGUACCUGGAUUAGUGGACGAACCUCCGGGUGACUUUGGAGAAUCACAAGGCCAGAAUAACAAAGUGGAUUAUAAUUUUCUUCGUAGUCUUGUCUCAUCUGAUAAAAAGGCCAACUGCGAGUUACACAUAGAAAAACCAGAGAAGUUGUUUCAUGUGAAAUCUAAGGAGAGUCCAGAGACGUUCGUUUACACCACCAUGAACCGCUACAGCUGUCUGUACGAGGAGAAUAUCCAGUCCACUUUGUCUGUCCUCACAAGCGGAACCACAACUCUGUCUGAUCAGGUCAGCAUGUCCAGUCGGGCACCUCUCAUGGCCGUUCCAUCUUCCCUGAAGCCAGGUCUCAACACUACAGUAAACGAUGUAGAUUCACUCGGAGAGCUGGAGAGCAAUCUCCAUGUUCAGACUGGAGCAGACAAGCCAAAGGCAACUGGAUUCCUAAAAUCGCUGUUGAAAAGUGAAAAGAAGGAUUGGGAUAAUGCAGUUUUCUUUGCCCAGUCUUCUUCCUCUGUGUCCCAGCACGAGAGAACUCAGAUAUUUGGGUCAGGCGAUGGAAUGGACGAGACAGCGGUUCUUGAUAACACGAUCUGGACAACGGAGAAAAGAGACUUGCCCAGGACAGAGGGCUUACUGCAGAAUCAUGUAACUAUGGAAAAAAUCUCAGUGGAAAGCAACUGUGAAAAAACUCACGUGUUCCAUAGCGGGGAUGCCAUGGAAGAAACUAAAGUGUUCACUGGCACAAUUUGGACAAAGGAAGAAAUCUCUGCACAAGAGGUAGAGAAGACUCAAAUGUUUGAUGGAAAUGGGAAAAUGGACAUGAUGGAGGAAACAAAAGUUUUAUCUGGGGGAAUUUGGAUGGGGUCAGAUGGAAAAGCAGAUGUAGAGGUGGAAAAAACGAAAAUAUUUGGAAUGGAAGAUCAAAUGGAAGAAACCAAAGUCUUGACUGGAGGAAUUUGGACAGGUGAGACAAAAACUAAUGACAAAACUAGAACUGUAGAUUUGAUGGAGGAGACUAAACCUUUGACUGGACUUACCAUGUUUGAGCAUCCAAACCAAUCAAGCAACUCUGAGAGAGCUACAAAAAUUGAUGAAUAUUCUGAUAAGACAAAAAAUUUUGCUCAAGAUAAAAUGGAUGACACAGAAGUGGUGUCAUCAUCAAUACUGAAGACAGAAAAAGAAGAUUCAUUGACAGAUAUUGGAAAUAACCAAAAUUUGGAUGUUUCAGUUUCAAAAGAAAAUUCAAAUGAAUUGAAAGAGGAUGAUUCUGAUGAAGAAGUUACCUUUAACAUAAAGAAAACUUUUACAGGGAGUGAAACGCUAUCCAAUAAGGAUAAAACCUUAAAAGAGGUUAGAGAGCAAGAUCCAGACACAGAGCAGAGCGAGAAAGAUAAACAGGUUGAAGUCACUGUCGGUGAUAAAGAUGAUGGGAACACCAGGUCAUUGGCAGAUUUGAAGGCCCGGCUGAAAGAGCACACCUCUAGAUUUGAUGACACACUGCUGAAACCUGAGGAAAGACAAUCCAAAACAAACAAUGACUUUGUGAUGUCCAGCCAAAUACAAACCAAUUUUGGUGUUUUAGACUUGGACAAAAAACCUCAGAAUGAGACACUCAUGUUUAGCAAUAAAAGUGCCAUGUUGGAAGAAACGAAGAUGAUGACUACAAGUAUUGAAGCAGCAUCUCAGCUUUCCAAAAAACCACAGAACCAGACUCUCAUGUUCAGCAACAAAAGUGCCAUGCUGGAAGAGACGAAGAUGGUAACCACAAGCAUUGAAACGGGAUCCAGUAAGGAAGAGUUUGAUAUGCCCAAACCUGUAGAAAAUCAAACUGUUAUAUUUGAUGAUGGGAAUGCUAUUAUGGAAGAAACAAAGGCAGUCACAUCUAACUUGAUAAUUGAACCAGAACUGCCAUCUUCUGCUGGAGCAUCCUCUAGUCUGGUGAAAGAAACAUCUGAGAUGGUGGACAAACUUCCAACAAUGGCAGGCGGCAAUAUGACAGUUUUCUUUGGGAAUGACACGGGGGCCAUGGAGGAAACCAAGAUGGCCACCACUACUGUUGGGUCUUUAACAACUAGCAGUGGAAAAAACAAUGGGUUGCCUUUGAUGGAUAUCCCCAAACUGCCAGAUGAAGGUGUUAUAAGUGGAAGGGUAAUGAAUACCACUAAUACCACUAGAAGUGAUGAGAAACUUGAAGGCCUGAUGGAGAUUAGCAUGCAGGGACUGCUAGAACAGGCACCCCCGGAGAGCUUACUGACAGACCUCACCCUGAACUCCACAGCCCAGUCCUUCAGACCUCCCAGUACCUCCUCCCAAGGUGUGGCUGCCUCCCCCGUCGACUCUACCCAGGCCCUGCUUGGUAAGGACUGGGACAAUGUGACCCUCCCCGGCAACAACUCAACCCUCCACGGGGACAUGACCUUCCCCAGGGACAGCGUGAUGGUGACAGGUGAGGGGGAGAAGUCCCUCAUCUCCCAGCUGUCCAUCAACAAGACGCUCGACUGUGAUGUCACUCAGGAAGAUAUCUGGGACGGACCAAUGACAGCCCUGUCUCUAUGUAACUACCUCCAUGUGAUCGUGCCGUCCUGUCUCAAGGUCUCUAUCACCGAAUUACGGAAGACCAGGUGUAGCUUCAUUCAGGAGGAGGACAUUCCUUGUGAGGAUCUCCGAAGCAAACUGUCUGCACUGCUAACAGUCCAGCCCCACAUUGAGGCUCAGACGGAAAUUAAUGCUCAGUUGAUGGCGGAAGUGGAAAAAAAGAAAUUGGAACUAGAAGCCUUGGAGGAGGCAUGGUCAACUGAGCCUCCUGAAAUAUUUCAGUUUGCACAGACCUGUAGUCAGAGCCAGAAAGAGGAGUUGCGCGAGAAGAUGAUGACCAUGAGUAAUGCUUGCGCCAGGCGGGGAAAGAUUGAGUGGAAGAGAGCCACCUUACAGGCGGCCAAACUGGAGCUAGAGAAAAUUCAGGAGAGAAACAGAAGACUAAAUGUGGAAGUGGAGCUUACCCUCCAGAUGGCCACAGAAGCUGUGCAAGACAUGGAGCAAGUCAGUCAGGAAUUAAUUGCAAUAGAAAAGGAAAUCCAAGAAAUGCGGAAUACUCCAUCUCUCUCAGAAGAAGAAAUUCAGGAAUAUUGUGUAGAGAAAGCCUCUCUAGAAAGGAAACAAUCAGAAUUAUUGAACAUAAAGAAUGAAGAAUUGAAUAUAAAUGAAGACAACAACAGAAUGGCUGGGGAGUGUGAGGCUCUGGCUCAGAGACUGUCUGAGUCGGCCCAGCUGGAGUCGGAGAGGGACGACAUCCAGGCCCUGGAGAACCAGUCGCAGAAAGUCGGCCAGGAGAUCCAGCUGUUGUGUGGAAUGAGUGGGUGGCAUUUAAAUGAGGACAGUUUUAAAAGAAACCACAAAGUUUUUAUGCUGGAGAGGAAUAAGUUACAACUAGAAGUCAAACACAACAAUGAUUCAAUAUUGUCAAUAGAAAUGAGGACUUGCGAUACAGAUGGACUUUCCUGUCGAGAACAGUUUUGUUACAAGUUAGUGACAGACGCAGUGAACGGACGGUACCUGGGACAGAAGUACCGACAACUCUCAAGUCUACCUAAGAUUCUACAAGAAGUUGGGUCUGUGGUCUUGCAUGCAAACAGUCUACAGUAUAACUUGCUACAGCUGCAGUUGGACCACUGUAUUGUAUUCAAAUACCCAAGUUUGCAUCUAGAGGUUUGGUCUCCCAAGAAGAGAUGUGUUGAUGUCAGCUUCCUCUUUCUACACAUGGCAGACUCUCUCUUAUGGAGCAUUGAACCUUCACUUAGUGUGAUGCAUGGAAACUUGAGAAUGGAUGCUUUAUUAUCUCAGAUAAGCCAGGUACAUGUAUCCCCAGUAAACUCCUACCUCAACAGAGUGUGUGCAGCAGUGGACCUAGAUUCUAUACAGGAGGAGACACAUCCAAAAUGUUCCCUGUGUGGGACAGUGCAAGCCUGAGGCCACAGUGCAGUGUUUUACGAAGUCUGUAUAGUGUAACAUUGUGUGCAGUAAUUACUUAAGUCUGGAUAGCUGUAACAUUGUGUGCAGUAAUUACUUAAGUCUGGAUAGCUGUAACAUUGUGUGCAGUAAUUACUUAAGUCUGGAUAGCUGUAUCAUUCUGUGCAGAGUUUUAUCGCAUCUGGUGUAAUUUCGGUGUGGUGAAGAUUUUUGAGGAAGGUGGUAAAGGGGAGGAACUUCUUGAGAGAUGUUUUAAAGAUGUCUUCAUGUGAAAUUGCAUUCAGAUCUUGUUUUCUUUCCUUUCUUAAGGCAGCUAUUUUUUAAAGAACGUUAUGAAUAUGUAAUAUGAAAAGCAUAAAAAUGUUGACAAAAACUUACAUUUCAUAAUUUGCAGCAAAGACUCAACCUAAAUAAGUACAGUACAUUUAAAGAGACUUUAUAUGAGUACUAAGUUUAUAAUAGGGCUCUUUGAAAGAGGGAUCGUAUAUGAUAAAACAUUUUCUUAAUAGGUUGGUUUCAUAUCUUUUUUUGUUUCAUAUAUAUAUGUACCGGGGUACUAUAUUUAAAGAACCUUAAAUUCUGUGUGUAGUAAAUUAUUACAUUUAGUAGUAGUCCUGACAGUCCUACAUUGAAAGGCCUAGCAAUGUACAUUUACUUGUAUACCAUGCCCAGUUGCAAAAAUUAUCAUUAAAAUGUUACUGGAAAUAUC